AUUUCACAAAGCAGGAAACUCUGGCUCACGGGGGGCCUGGCCCCGGCCCUUCGGCCCCCAGGUGCGUGGAGCCAGAGUCCCAGCUCCCGCAGCUUCUGUACCGGGACCCCGCCCCCCCCUCCAGCUCAGCAGGAGCCCCCAGGAAGCGGCCCCUCCAGGGGGCCAGGAGUCAGCCCACCCCUGGAGGGUCAUGCCUGGAAGGUGACACCAGGCCUUCUGGAGGACUGCGGGGAGGCCUGGCCGCCACGCUGCCACCACAACUCAGCCGUGCCUGGGGGUGCCAGCAUGCCCAGGGUUUAGGCGACUGAGCGCAGUGGGUCAGGAGGUAGAGAAAAACCCCGGGGCUGAGGCUCGGGACCCCGCAGGAAGGGAGCUGGCGGCACCGCCCGGAUGCCCACCCAGCCACAGCCCCUUCCCGGAGCUGUUGCUCAACGUGGCAGGUGGCCGCCCUCGCGGUUCAACCAGUAAGGCCACCCGGUGGGGCAGCGGCCCGGGGGUCGUGCAGCCCUCAGCCAGCCCUGGGGCCCCGGAGGCACUGUCCUCUGACGGCCUGCGCUCUGCCCUGCGGCCUGCAGCCCUUCCGAACUGGCUGUCGGGGGCUCAGAGCCCCGGGGGCAUGCGUGUCCUGGGGGAGAGGCUGCUUCCAGGAAGGGAGAGGCCGAGGCAGCUGGGGCGUGGGGUUGGGGGCGGCAGUGCCUCCCCAGCCCACGCGGCAGUCCUCUUGAGGCCGAAGUGGACUGGCUGGUGGCUUGGCCUCCUCCAGCCCUGGAGAGCCUUGGUGCACACUCCCACUGCCUACGGGCGGGGCCAGGCCCGCAGGGCUGGGCAGCAGGGCUCCGAGCAGCUUUCCUUGGGAGCGGGCAGCUUCCACUUCCCUGUCCCCGCCUCCCGGGGCUGCCCUGCUUGGGCAAAUCGGAAGGCAGCGCGGGGAUGGUCCCUGUGGGAGGACAGCUGGGCCUCUGUGGGGUUAACCAGACUGUCAGGAAGUGCAGGGCUCUCUUCCCGGCUCCGCCCUCCCUCCUCUCAUUGAAUCUGGCGGCCCAGACUGUGCAGGAGCACUCCGAGCCGCCCGCCCGCCAUGUCCGACUACGAGAACGAGGACGAGUGCUGGAGCGCCCUGGAGGGCUUCCGGGUGAAGCUUAUCUCUGUCAUCGACCCCGCCCGCAUCACGCCCUACCUGCGCCAGUGCAAGGUCCUGAACCCCGACGACGAGGAGCAGGUGCUCAGCGACCCCAACCUGGUCACCCGCAAGCGGAAAGUGGGUGUGCUCCUGGACAUCCUGCAGCGGACCGGCCACAAAGGCUACGUGGCCUUCCUCGAGAGCCUGGAGCUCUACUACCCGCAGCUCUACAGGAAGGUCACGGGCAAGGAGCCCACCCGCGUCUUCUCCAUGAUCAUUGACGCGUCCGGGGAGUCGGGCCUGACGCAGCUGCUGAUGAGCGAGGUGACGAAGCUGCAGAAGAAGGUGCAGGACCUGACGGCGCUGCUGGGCUCCAAGGACGACCUCAUCAAGGAGCUGCGGGUGAAGGACAGCCUGCUGCGCAAGCACCAGGAACGUGUGCAGCGCCUCAAGGAGGCCUGCGCGGCGGGCGGCCGCGAGCUCCAGCGCUGCAAGGACGAGAACUACGACCUGGCCCUGCGCCUGGCCCGCCAGAGCGAGGAGCGGGGCGCCGCGCUCAUGCGCAACCGAGACCUGCAGCUGGAGGUCGACCGGCUCCAGCACAGCCUCAUGAAGGCGGAGGACGACUGCUCCGUGGAGCGCAAGCACACGCUGAAGCUGCGGCACGCCAUGGAGCAGCGGCCCAGCCAGGAGCUGCUGUGGGAGCUGCAGCAGGAGAAGGCGCUGCUGCAGGCGCGGCUGCAGGGGCUGGAGGCCUGUGUCCAGGAGGGGAAGCCGGACCAGAGCAGCCCCUACAUCCAGGUGCUGGAGGAGGACUGGCGGCAGGCGCAGCGGGACCUCCAGGAGCAGACCGCCACCAUCUUCUCCCUGCGCAAGGACCUGCGCCAGGCUGAGGCUCUGCGCGCCCGGUGCACGGAGGAGAAGGAGAUGUUCGAGCUGCAGUGCCUGGCCCUGCGGAAGGACUCCAAGAUGUACAAGGACCGCAUCGAGGCCAUCCUGCAGCAGAUGGAGGAGGUCGCCGUCGAGAGGGACCAGGCCAUUGUGGCGCGGGAGGAGCUGCACGCACAGCACGCCCGCAGCCUGCAGGACAAGGACGCACUGAGGAAGCAGGUCCGCGAGCUGAGCGAGAAGGCAGAUGAGCUGCAGCUACAGCUGUUCCAGCGCGAGGGUCAGCUGCUGGCCGUGGAGAGCAGGCUGCGGCGGCAGCAGCUGGAGACCUCCGUCCUGAGCUCCGACCUGGAGGACAGCUCACCCAGAAACUCCCAGGAGCUCUUGCUCCCCCAGGACCUGGAGGAGGAUGCCCAGCUCGCAGACAAAGGCGGCCCGGCCAUCGGGGAGAGUCCGGAGCAGCCCUUUGUGGCUCUGCAGAAGGAGCGGCUUUCACUGACCCCCGACGACGCCGCCCCGAGGCGCGGGGAGCCCCCCGAGAAGGAGAAGGGGCGGAGGCGCCUCAAGGAGAGCUUCGAGAACUACCGCAGGAAGCGGGCGCUCAGGAAGAUGGCCCACGGCGCGCGGCAGGGGGAGGCGGGCUGCGAGAACACCACGGGCAGCGACAACACCGACACCGAGGGCUCCUAGCUGGCGCCUCCGGGCGGCCGCCGCCUGGCCGGCGAGCGCGGGCGGGUCCUUGCUCUGUGUGGCGCGCGCGUGCUGUGUUAAAAGGGCAGCCCCGUCAAUAAACGACCGCGGUGCGGACGCCGCCGCCUCCGACGCUCUCGCUCCCGCGCGCGCCUUCCGGCCCCGCGCCGGCCAGCGCGCACCUCCGGCCGCGAGGGGGCGGCAGAGCCCCGCCCGCCCGCCGGCGACGGCAGCCGAGGAGGCCGCUUCCGCCGCGUGCCCGCUUCCAAGAUGGCGGCGGCGCG